UCCCGUGGCGGAAGCGGACGCGCCGAGGCGGAAGUGCCGUGCAGGGGCGGUUGCCGGGUAACAGCGAUGUUCCGCGCCGCCGUGGACAUCCAGCCCGCCUGUCUCGGGCUGUACUGCGGCAGGACCGUCCUGUCGGUGAACGGCUCCGUGGAGACCUACGGGGACUGCGGGGUGUGUCCCAGAGGUCAGAGGACUGAUGACAACAAGAUCUGCAGAGAAUGUACAGGAUCUCCGGACCGCUAUGACUGGCUCUACCUUGGCUUCAUGGCCAUGCUUCCCCUGGUCUUACACUGGUUCUUUAUUGAGUGGUAUUCUGGAAAGAAGAGCUCCAGCGCGUUGCUGCAGCACAUCACAGCCCUGUUGGAGUGCAGCAUUGCAGCAGUGGUCACCCUGCUGGUCAGUGACCCCGUGGGGUCCCUGCACAUCCGCUCCUGCAGGGUGAAGAAGCUCUCGGACUGGUACACGAUGCUCUACAACCCCAGCCCCGACUACAUCACCACAGUGCACUGCACCCACGAGGCUGUCUACCCCCUGUACACCAUUGUGUUUAUAUAUUAUGCAUUCUGUCUUGUGUUAAUGAUGCUCCUUCGGCCUCUCCUGGUUAAGAAAAUUGCCUGUGGCUUGGGAAAGUCUGAUCGAUUCAAAAGCAUUUAUGCAGCACUGUACUUCUUCCCCAUCCUCACCGUGCUGCAGGCUGUGGGAGGAGGCCUGCUCUAUUAUGCCUUCCCAUACAUCAUACUGGUGUUGUCUUUGGUUACUCUGGCUGUUUACAUGUCUGCUUCUGAAGUGGAGUCUUUCAAGGAUCUUCUGGUGAGGAAGAAAAGGCUUGUUGUCCUCUUCAGCCACUGGUUGCUUCAUGCCUAUGGAAUCAUCUCCAUUUCCAAACUGGAUAAGCUUGAGCAGGACCUGCCAUUGCUUGCCCUGGUUCCUGCCCCUGCCCUCUUUUACCUGAUGACAGCAAAGUACACGGAGCCAUCACGCAUCCUCUCGGAAGGGGGGAAUGGACAUUAAAAGGAGCCUGUGCCAACAACGCCAUCCCAAUGAUCUGGAUCAAGCAAUUUAGUCAGGCUUUGGAAACUUCUGUUUUAAAGGAAGUUGUUUAUGUGCCAGACUUCUGGUGAAACACCUCUGGUUGAGACUGUAUAAUAUCAAAAAGCUGCACUUUGUAUUCCUCAUAAGUAUCUGGUAUAGAUCAAAGGGAAUGUCUUUGUAUCUAUUUAUCACUGUGAAUCUGUAUAAAAAGCUUGUGACACGUUCUAGUACAGCGGUUUGCUUGUGUAUGUUCAUUUCCUAAUACAAUAUUUGAAUAAAACAACAGAACCUGGUUUUCAAUAGACUUUAAAUUAAAAAAAAUAGAGCUUGAAUAUGCCAGAGAGCUUGUUGUUUCUCAUCACAUACUCUAGUUUCUGUCCCCCACCAGUGGAAACAGACUGUCUUCUUCCUUCCAUCAAAAGAUGAAACAUGUUGUGCAUGAUUCCUCAUGAUGUUUGUGUCUGACUGCUGGGUAAAAGGAGAAGAACUGCAUUGUAAAGUUCACUAUAAAGUAUAGUUUAUGCUCUGUGAGCUUCGUGUAGACCUGUUCAUGUAGGGAGAGCAUUAAAUAGAUCAGAUUAAAGGUUUUCUUUUCUUGGUAGUUUGGUUAAUAAAAAUAAUGGAGAUUCCUUGUCUCCUUAAUGAAAUGCCAUUAUCUCUGCUUUACAUUCCUCGAAAUCCUAAAGUGAACACCUUGGUAAAUAUUGUUAAAACCCCUGAGGCUGCUCAGAGGUGAGUGUUUGGCCUUGCUGAGUCAAAUCUCCACUGACAGACUUAGUUUUCUUUCUGUGUUGCUUUUAGGGAUUGAGGAAGUAACUGAGCAUCAUAAGGAAAUCAAAUGCUGUCUUUUCUGCAAUGUACAAUAUAUAAUUUGCAGACACUCUGAUCUAGAGGACAGUUCUAAAGGUAAGGGAUUAAAACUCGUGUUAGAACACCACACCUAAGGACUGUUCCUCUUUCAUGGGCAUUUCUGUGUAUGGACUAUGUGCACUGGGUUUAAAUGUUGGGCUGUGUCUUGUUUUUGAAAAGAUAACAACAACUCCCAGGUAACAUCAGGUAUAGUAAAGAGUACAUUUUUUGCUAGUUCUAGAGAGUCAUCUGUUCCUUUUGAAAGCAGAAUGAAGGAUUCUAUUAAAAGCAGAGUUUACAGGAAGACAGUGCACCCCGUGGACCUUGCCUGAAAUCCCCAACCACUGACCUUACAGCUUGGCUCCAGUGCUUUAGCCAAACUUGAAAUGUGAAACAAAUUAAUAAAGUCUUUUUAUCACAUUU